GUACACAUGGGGUUGGUUUGGCGGCUUCUCUUCUCUUCUUUUCUGGAGAAAAUAAGACCCACCUUGAGCCUCGGCCGCAUCGCUUCGGGCGGCGAUGGACGUGCAUCUUAUUUUCCUGGAUGUGCCUGCAGAACAGCCACACGCAUUCUCCCAGCCACUCGACUCUAUCCAAAAUCCGUUUCCCAUUCAUAAACCCCUCUUCCUCCUAACAACACGAAUCCCACGUCCAUCCACAAUGCCGCCCCAAAACACCACCCAGCGGCUUCUCCGCGAACUCAAGGACUACACCAACAACCCCAAUGAAGCUCUCCUGCACCUCGGCCCCGUCAACGAAGACGACCUCCUGCAUUGGGAAGCAGUCCUAAAGGGCGUAAAAGGCACUCCAUACGAAGACGGCUUAUGGGCCCUCUCGAUCACCAUCCCCCCCAACUACCCGCUCUCCCCUCCAACAAUCCGCUUCACAACCCGCAUCUCCCACCCAAACAUCUCCUUCACAACCGGCGAAAUCUGCCUUACGCUUCUUACAUCCGAACACUGGAGCCCCGUCUACACGGUGUCUUCCACCUUGACCGCCAUCCACCAGUUACUGACGGAUCCGCGCCCGGACUCGCCGCUGAACGUCGACAUCGCGGCGCUGCUUCGCGACGGCGAUAUCCCCGCCUGGGAGAGCAUAGUACGGUAUUACACGCAGGAGGAGCGCUGGAAAGGACGGGGGAUGUACUAGGCUCGGUAGAGCUUGCAGAAUCUAUCAGUGAUAAGAGAGAGUUUAG